AUGCAGGGUCGAGGCGUUUUUCUCGCGUUUAACGCGCCUCACAAGUUGUCCUGCACGGAGGGCGGCAGGUCCUCAGGCGUCUCACCGUCCCUUCCCUUGGCUCUUUUCUCCGUCCGCAUCAAGCGCAAGCCGCACCGCUACCGGCCGGGAACAGUGGCAAUAAUGGAGAUUGUGAUGUGCCAGAAGACCACGGACCUCCUCAGCCUCCCGCCCCCCCCUUCCUUUCCCCUCCCACCUAUUGCGUGCCCUUACCGUGCCCUCAGGAGUCAAGCGCAAGCCGCAUCGCCACCGACCGGGAACAGUCUCCCUGAUGGAGAUCAGGAGGUACCAGAAGACCACGGACCUCCUUACCCUCUCUCCCCCCCUCCUCCCCCCCUCCCCCUCCCCUCCCCUUCCUCCCCCUCCUCGCCAGGAGUCAAUCGCAAGCCGCACCGCUAUCGGCCGGGCACAGUGGCGCUCAUGGAGAUCAGGAGGUAUCAAAAGACCGCGGACCUCAUUAACCCCCCAUUCCCUCCCCCCCUUUCCCCUCUCCCCUCCCCUUCCUUUCCCCUUCCUUUCCCCUUCCAUCUAUUGCGUUCUCCUUCCCUUGCUCCAUCAGGCGUCAAGCGCAAGCCGCACCGCUACCGGCCGGGAACAGUGGCACUAAUGGAGAUUAGGAGGUUCCAGAAGACUACAGACCUCCUCAUUCGCAAGCUGCCGUUCAUGCGCCUCGUGAGUUUUGUCUAUGCGACUCGUGAGUUUCAUCAAUCAUCAUCUCCCAGCCCAUGCAAGGAGGUACCAGAAAACCACGGACCUUCUCAUUCGCAAGCUGCCGUUUAUGCGACUUGUAAUCAUCUCAUUUAG